AUGGCGUCCACAAUGAAAAUUGCAAGCUAUCCAAUUCUUCCUUCCUGGCCUUGCCUGAACGUCUUCCGCCGUCAGCAUCGGGCAUAUUAUUACACAAUAUUGGCAAUUCUAUUGUUGCUCAUCCUGAGCAGCAUUUCAACUCACAGGCAAGAAGACCAUUGGUCGUAUCCUUCUUUUAAUUCAUCGCCUGAUGUAGAACAUUCAAGGUUACCCGUCAUCCGCCCGGGAGAUAUAACAGCCAGUAGUUUACGCGAAGUGAGGCCACAAGAUGAUACUGCGCCAUUUGCCCAUGAACCUAUUGGGCUUGGGACAUUACGUGACGUCCGAGAAGGGAAUUUCUAUCGCGGCGGAACCUUGACAUUAACACAUGGAAAUGGUGAUGGCCCUUUCGUUUAUGACCCAUACCCAGACUACAACGGAGAUGAGUGGCGCAAAGUGUCUUUAGGGAGCUUUCAAGCGUGUGCUGGUCCUGGGGGAAGGCUUCUAAGUCGCUCGAGCGCGGACGACAUGAUGUCUGUGUAUCCUGGUAUUCCAGAGAAAUUCCCUCCUCCAUUGCUUGGCUCGUAUGCGGCAACAGGGCUCGAUGCAUAUGUCUGUUCUGAUCGCUUCUCUCGAUUGCGUACCUACGGCUACGAUAACUAUACCAACCACCCCGUCUCCGCCUCUAAGGGUCCAGUACAAACCAACUGGAACGAGGUCAACUGGGGGUCACUCCAAGCACAAUGCUUCGAGAGAAAUGCCGGUCGAUACACCCAGAGCCAAACUCAACCGCGCCCUAUCCAGCACAUCCUUCCAGCUCGCCCCAUCUCUCGCUCUCCUACAAUGAAUCUCCGCCGGGGACAAUCUAAUACCACACCAUCUGAGCCACGGCAUAAAACAAGAUCUGCGGUCGUCCUACGUACAUGGCAUGACAUGGAAUGGACCGACAACCUUAAGCAGAGUGUUCGGUCCCUGGUCAUGGAACUAUCAUUGCACUCUGGUGCCGAAUAUGAAGUUAUCAUCUUAUGCCAUGUGAAAGACGCGAGCAUCCCAAUUAAUAUAGAGGAUGCGGAGGCAAUGCGAAGUCUCAAGUCUCGCUUCAUUCCACGCGAGUUCCAAGAAAUGGCCGUCCUUUUUAAUGACCAGACGUUGGAGUCAUGGUAUCCCGGCGUCGAUGAGCAUAGCACGACACACCAAUACUGGCAGCCAGUCCAGAUUUUCUCUCAAUCGUUCCAAGACUUUGAUUAUUACUGGCAAUUAGAAAUGGAUUCUAAAUUCACCGGUCAUGUCUACCACUUCCUCGAGAAGUCCGCCGAAUUCGCAAAAAGGCAGGCACGAAGAUACCUCUGGGAGCGGAAUGCAUAUUUCUACAUCCCAGGCACAUAUGGGACCUGGCGAGACUUUACAAGGAUGGUCGGCUCCACUAUGAAGGGCCGUGGAAGUGUCUGGGGACCUAAUGGUAUCCCUUCACAACUGACACCGGCCCAAAGCCCCCCCGUUAAAUCCCCAGAAGAAGACAAAUAUGAAUGGGGUGUCGGCGAAGAAGCAGAUCUUAUCACCUUUUUACCAAUGUUCGACCCUACCGACACGCAGUGGACAUUCGUCAAUACACUAUGGGGACUUUCAGGAGACGUUCCACGACGCGCAUCGCCUGUUGCUAUAGGACGGGUAUCGAAAAAUCUAGUGCAGCAAAUGCACGAGAUAAACCAACGGGGCAUCGGCUUAGCUUCUGAGAUGACAGCUCCUACGCUAGCUCUCUGGCAUGGACUUAAAGCCGUGCACGUACCCCAUCCUGUUUAUGUUGACGGGAAAUGGUCAUCAAAGGAACUUGGUCGGAUUUUAAACCCUGGUCAACCCGAGAAAAUCAACGGUGGCGAUGAUAGUGCCUGGAACUGGAAUCACCGUUGGGAUCAUAUCUUGUACCGGCUGUCUUACAUGUUCACAACACAGACUGCGGAAGACCUUUAUCGGAGAUGGUUGGGCUACAGGAUUGAUCCUAACCAAUUUGCUGAUGGAAGCUAUCACCAGGAUCCUCAAGGCCGGAACUGGUUCGAGAGCGGCGACUUGCGAGAGGAUUUAUAUGGUCCACUGUGUUUUCCAUCCAUGUUACUGCACACGGUCAAGAAUACAGCGGAAAAGAAGGGGCCAGGAAUGGCAGUUCCAGUCUAA